CUGACAGCUACGAUCCUUGUGACUGGUGUCUCCUUGGUGAGGUUGGAGUAGGCCCGCCCUCUGGAACAGAAAGAAGGGAACCGGAGAACUGUGUUAGCCGGUGACAUGUUGCUAGCUCUCCUACAAAGUUGAAGAAGCAGUGCUAUCAUCAUGAACCUAAGAUAUGCUGCGCACUGGAACCCUUCACAGCAGAGACUGCAAAUGAUUUUAUUACUGCAACUUCAGCAACCACUUUGCAAAGCUGUAAAGUAACAAAGAAGUCUCCGUGUUCCAUAUCUGAACUAAAAGCAGAUGCUCUACUCACAAUUCUAUCAUCAACUGCCAGGAGACUAAUAAUAAUACUCAUGAAUAUCCACCAAGCAAGCCUAUCAUCAAGACAUGAUGUCCAUUCCAGCAAAGAUGCUCCCGAGGUAGAAUUGGUCAGUAUGCUAGAAGAUCAGCUGCCUCAGUAUAAGUUACAAGUGGACUCCUUGUAUAUGUAUGACAACCAAGACCUCAUCCAGUCACCAGCACACCAAAGCAAUGGCCCUCGAAACCUUUCUCCUGUCCUCGCCGAAGAGCCUUUCAGAUACACAAAAUUUACUGAACAUUCCUCCAAUCUCUUGGAUGAGGCUUAUCAGGCCAGCCAGUGUUCUAGAGUUUUGGGAUCAGAGAGAGUGGAGCAGUUGAGCAGAAGUUAUGACAGUGAUAUGCUCAGCCAUCUUCUGACUGAGCGUGAUAGGGACCUAGAACUUGCAGCUCGCAUUGGUCAGGCCCUUCUGAAAAGGAACCACAUCUUGACUGAGCAGAAUGAAUCUUUGGAGGAGCAGCUGGCACAAGCACUUGAUCAUGUUAACCAACUCCAGCAUGAAUUGUCCAAGAAAGAAGAUCUCCUUAGGGUUGUGUCCAUCGCCUCAGAGGAGAGUGAGACUGACUCUAGUUGCUCCACCCCUUUGCGCUCCAAUGAUUCAUUCACUAUUUCACACAGCCUGCUGCAGCUGGAAAAUUUGCAUGGGAAACUCCGGGAAUUAGAAGAGGAGAACUUUUCUUUACGCACAAAGGCUAGCCACCUGAAAACAGAACAAAUAACCUAUGAGGAGAAAGAACAACAAUUGGUUAUUGACUGUGUGAACGAAAUACGGGAAUCCAAUGUUCAGAUCAACAAGUUAACAGACGAGCUGGCGAGUAAGUCAGAGGAUAUUAUCCGAUACCAAGAGGAAAUAUCAACAGUGCUCUCUCAAGUUGUUGAUCUUCAGCAUAAGCUAAGAGAGGGUGCAGUAGAGAAGGAAGAGCUAAGAAUUCACCUACAGGCAUCUAAGGAAGCCCAGAGGCAGCUGACUGCUGAGCUCCACGAUUUACAGGACAGAAAUGCAGAAAUCCAGGGGAUGCUACAGGAAUAUCAAGAUGAGUUAAAAAUGAUGCGAUGCAAAGCCAGCCCCUCAGCUCUUCUCAGACGCCCCCAGUCCUGUAGUAUUUUUCCAGUGGACUCACUGGCAGCUGAGAUUGAGGGCACAAUGCGAAGGGAGUGCAGCUUGGAUGAAGUAUCUUGCCAUGGAGAACGAAGGAGUCAGCCAAAACGUGUCUUCGAUACUGUAAAGGUUGCAAAUGAUGUACGUAGCAGAUCUUCAUCAUAUCCACUUCCUUUGCCAAUACCCGGCUCAAACCAUUCUGCUGUGGUCAUGACGGCUGUGCCUUUUGGUUCUAAAAUGACAGAUGAGAAGAAGAAAAGUGAAGCAGUUUUGUUUCAGGAAGAUGCAGAAGUGAACAAACUUGCUAAGAACCCUCCAAAGCCAGAGGUGCUGGGAGACAGUUUGGAAGUUGCCCUGCACAGACUUCACCUCCGGAGACAAAAUUAUAUAAGUGAAAAGCAGUUCUUCAGGGAUGAGUGUGCAAGGAAGUUAAAGCUGCUGGAGGAUGAAGGGGAUAACAGUGGGUGUAGCACUCCUACUGGAAGUGUCCUAUCAGAGGCAACACACAAUUCGGAUGUCACAGAUUGUUCUGCUGCAUCCAGUUCUCUGCGCAGCCUCCUUCCAGAAAAACUUCAGAUUGUCAAACCUCUAGAGGGCUCCCAAACUCUCUUCCACUGGCAACAGCUGGCUCAACCUAACCUUGGUACAAUACUGGACCCCCGGCCAGGAGUCAUGACCAAAGGUUUUAAACCACUUCCAGAGGAUGCUGAGUACCACCUUUGUGACCUAGAGGAAGAUGAGAAUGAUGAUGAUGAGGAGGAGGGAGGCAUAACAUUUCAAGUGCAAAAAAGGGAAGAUGUUGUGCCAAACAACACUUUAAGUAUUUUCUUGCCACCCAUUGCUGUCUCGUCCACUUCAUCUUCUGGUAUAAACCCAGGCAAGUGCCAGGGCUUCACAAACUCAACAUUCACCUUUACCACCUGCCGAAUAUUACACCCAUCUGACAUCACUCAGGUUACCCCCAGUUCCAUGUACACUCCAUUGUUCUUUGGAGGCAGCAGUGGGUGUUCAACAAGCACUACUUGUCGGCUGAGUGUUGGUGAAGCCAUAAGCAAAACAGUUGAUAGCACAAGUACGUUCAGCAGUACCACUAACUUAACCCAACUCUUGCAAGAACAAGGAAUAUCGGCAAAGCUGGACAAGCCUUUUGAUGUAGAGAAGCCACAACUUCUACGCCCACAAAGUUUGGCACUUCCCUCCACCCCACCCAAUUCUCCCUCUUAUUCCCCAUCCCCUUUGACAUCCGAGCCACUGGAAAAUCAAUCUGAAAACUUUCUAGCAGUUUCCAAACCGGCUGAGAGUUUUCUGCAGGAAAUGUAUGGCUUUAAAUUAACCAAGAAGCAGCCUGAUGUGGGACAGCAGAAGAUGAAUUUGGUGGAUCGACUUAAAAGGUUGGGUAUUGCAAGAGUUGUUAACCAGCCAGCAACAGGUGACAUAGAGCCAAACUCAGCACUCGGCAGUGGUUUACGACGCCAAGAGUCUGCUGUCUUUGUUGGAACAAGUAGUAGUUUAUUAGGUGGACUAAGAAGGAAUCAGAGUCUUCCGGCUCUUAUAGGUGGUCUCGUACCACCUGUUUGCACAUCCUCUCCGAAAAUGGGUAGCUUAAAAGAAGACUGAAAAAGUACACUUUAGGCUUAGUAUGCUUAAUAAUAAGGGACUCCUAGAAUGUAAUGCAAAAAUGGGUUUGAGAGGUCUCUGUAUGUAGGAUGAAGGAAGGAACUGUAGGUGUGCUAGGGGAGAGAGAGUGAAAAGGUAAGUCAGAAGACUAAAUGUUUUGUGCUAAAUAUUAGAGGGACCAAUGUAAGUGAUACUUGAAGGAUUAAGAAUUGUCCAUUUAAAAUGUAUUCGUAAGUCAUCAGAGAGCCUGUGUGAAAUACAAGCUUAAAUAAUUGUAGAGGUAACCCUCAUUUGCCAGUGUGCUUGUCCCAUGGAAACACUUUGCUAAUACUUGUAACAAUAGUGAGUAAAUACAGUGAUAGUAGGCUGUGGUUGUUCAAGCUUUCUCAUCAGCUGCUGCAUAAUUCUGUGCCAUUUUAAUUGUGCAAAUAGAAAUAUUCUACUUCCCUUUCCAGUGAACCUGAUCUGAGGAUCUAGAGAACAAUGGACUUCAAAGGGAAAUUGUAAACAUUUGAGAAAGAUCUGUUACAUUAAGUGUUAAAAAUAACAAGGAUCAAAAGGGCAGAUUUCUUCUAGUAAAGGAAAAUUUAUUCCCUAAAAGGGAGACAAAGCACAAAAUUGAGUUUUCUUUAAAAAGACAAUUGAUAAUGGUUUAGGCAAUGAAGACCGUUCAGGGCUUUUUCGCCAGACUGAACCUCAGUGGAGGUGAAGGAUCUUUAAUUUUUGUUUCCCCAAACCCCCUCAUAUUUAUAUUUCCAUAAGCUAUUGUCUGAAGAGUAAUGGAGACCGUUGAUAAUGCAGCUGCAACAACAGCCCUGGGCAUGAUAUCAGAUUUAUUUGUAUACUUUAGUGUAAAUAUUAACCAGCCAGUUAACAUUCUUUCCAGCAGUGUUUAUAAUCUAGUAAUGUUAAGCUUUUAUGCCUGUCUCCUAGCAGACACCUCAUGAAUUAUUGCAAUAUUGUUUGUGGGCUAACAGGUACAGUAGAAUUAAAAAGUAGAACAAGGCUCUAAACCUUACUGCAUGCAAUAUAUAUUUACUUUCUGGCUUCACGUUAGAUUAUCUAUAGCUCUUCUGUAUUUAUCUUGCUACAUGUUAUCACCAGUAGGCAAAGGGUUAGCAAAGGAAGGCCAGGACAAAACGCAAAAAUAUUUUCUAGCUGCCAAAGCUAAUCUUUGGAGUCCUGCUUGCUGUAUAUGUUUAUUCAAAUGUUGAAACUAAGGCAAUGAUAUCCUUCCUGUGCUCCCCCCCUAAUAUGGCAUUGAACUACACCCACCAGUUAUCUUGAUAUACCUAAACGCUGUGACAAAAUGCAGGGAGUUGGAAUUCAGUAUGAGCUGGGGGGAAACAAGUCAGGCAUCCCUGAAAUAAUGCAUAAGUGCCAUAAAAUAAGAGUAGAUGACUUUCUGAAUGUAAAGGAGAACAUGGGGUGACAUAAUAAACAGUCAUUUUAUUUCAGAGGAGAAAUCUAUACCAAUAUACUGUAAAUGUGUCCAAUAAGAUGUAGUAAGGGAAGACAAUGUAUAUUUAUUUACCUACCUCUGUGUUGGUUUCUUCCCCCCCUAAACUUUUAGCCAACCAGUGUAGCUUUUACUUUCUCUUCCAUAUUUACUCUUUGUACCACAUAAUAUGAACCUGAUAUAUUGUCCUUAUGCAGUGUUAAAAAAAAAAAACCCAAAAAACAAAGUUAAAUAGGAUAGGAUUUUGGGCUCAAUCUGUGAAUCUGUUCACUUACAGAACAUGAAUCUGAUUGGCUUCGCUCUCCAGUGGAAUCUUUCCUGGUUUUCUUGGUUUAGGGACAUUCCUGAUUACAAUUAUUAUUAGACUUUGUUGUGCUGCCAACAUUUCUGGUUUUGUAAAGGGCAGGAACAAAAAGAUGUUUUACCUGUGUUUCAUAUUAUUUCUCUAAGGUAUUUUACUGCUCAGCGAUGUAUAUUUCUUAUAAUGCAUUGUUGCCUAGAAUAUUCCACAUACCUUGUUUUUAUGUAAGCUACCAAUAAAGAUUUCAGAUCUUUGUACUUUUAA